AUGCUUGAACGCUCGACCAUUAUUCAUUAUUGGAAUGUCACUGAAUGGGCACCUGGUGUCGCGACUGUCACUGCUGGCGGGGAGGCGGGUCCCACCGACCCGGUGCCCCAAGACGGCGAUAUGAAAGGAGUUGAAGCCACACCAGAAGAACAAGAACGAUUAGCGACAGGAAAUAACAAUGGCUCGCUUGAUUGUAAAAUACCCACACCCGAAAUAUCUAGACAGCGGACAGCAUUCCACUCUACGCGAGUGUUUAUGCUGGUAUUCUUAUCGGGAUGGGUUUUACAAGGAAUGUUCCUAACGUACUUCGUGAGCGUGACGACAACUGUUGAAAAGUUAUUUAAGGUAGAGUCUAAGACGACAGGGGCUUUGAUGGCUGCCACUGAAAUUGGACAAAUUUGCACGGCUCUGUUUCUAACGUAUCUGGCGGGUCGCGGUCACCGGCCGAGAUGGAUAGCCUGCAUGAUGCUAGUGCUUGCGGUGGGUGUCAUAGGUUGCGUGGUUCCUCAUGUCCUUUACGGGACACGGUUGAUGGAUGUGCAUUUGGAUUCGCACAGAGCUGGUGCUGCACCCGUGUGUUCUGCUGACGGCAACUCCUCAAUGAUUACGUGUGAUGAUGCUCACGCAAGAAGUACGGCCACGAGAUCUUCUAUCACUGCUGUGGUGAUACCGUGGCUGUUCAUCUGUCUCUUGGUCGUCGGCGUGGGACAGACCGGUAUAGCAACGCUCGGUAUACCGUAUGUCGAUGACAACGUGGGCAGCAGACAAUCGCCAUUGUAUAUGGCAAUAACGAUCGGAACGAGGGUCAUUGGACCAGCUAUUGGCUUUCUCUUGGGUGCUCUGUGCACAAGAGUGUACGUGGACCCGUUGGUGGACCCCGGCUACAAAUACAGUGAUCCAAGAUGGGUUGGCGCUUGGUGGCUUGGUAUGGUGUUUAUAGCGGGAUUCAUCGUACUUCUGUCGAUACUGAUGUUUUUCUUCCCGAAGCAAAUCAAACAGAGUCCGUUACCACCGCCGCCAAAGAAGAUCAAAGACAAGCGAGACCCUUUUUUCAAAGGUUUCUUCGCAACCAUCAAACGGCAGAUCACGAACGACAUACUAAUGUGGCGUACGGCGUCUUCUGUUCUUCACCUAAUGCCGAUCAGUGGUGUUUACGCCUUCCUACCCAAAUACUUAGAGAAACAGUUCCGUCUACCAACACACGACGCCAACCUUGUCUCGGGUUUGGGCGGUAUUCUAGUAAUGGGCCUGGGGAUCAUCACAUCUGGCGUGGUUAUACUUAAGUUGGUGCCUACAGCUCGUCAAGUCGCCGCCUGGACAGCCGCCACCGCCGCCAUAUACAGUGCGGGUAUGGUCGUGUUAAUGUUCGUGAGUUGUCCAGAGGAAAACUUUAAGGCGUUAACUGUGGCGGACAUCGCUAACUUGUCCUGCAGCAAUACGUGUCACUGUGACGGAGCUCCCUAUUCGCCUGUUUGUGGACAGGAUUCCUUCACGUACCAAUCUCCGUGUCAAGCGGGAUGCUUGAGCAGCCAACAGUUGGACAACAGUACUUAUUUAUAUUAUAACUGUAGCUGCUUGGCCGGCCUUGUGCCUAUUAACGAUAAAGUCGAAAAUACCAUAUCCCGCUACGCUAGCAAGGUGCCCGCGAUGAACUACACGGGCGCGGGCCACGCGGUGAGCGGCGAGUGCGGCGGCGCCUGCUACCAGAUAUACGCGUUCAUAGCGAUCUUCGCGGCCGUCAUGUUCGUGCACGCCACCGGCGAGGUGGGCGCCGUGCUGCUCAUCAUACGAUGCACGGAUAAGAACGAUAAAGCGAUGGCGAUGGGCGUGAUCCAGUUCGCGAUAGGCGUGUUCGGCAACGUGCCCUGCCCCAUCGUGUUCGGCGCGGCCGUGGACGCCGCCUGCCGCCUGCGCGACGCCGCCUGCGGCGUGCUCGGCGCCUGUGCCUCCUACGACAACGACAGCUUGCGAUAUUUCUAUUUGGGUCUGUCCGCCGCUCUAAUGUUCUUCGCGUUCAUAAUGGACAUGCUGGUGUGGAGUCGCGCCGGCCGCAUCGACAUGAACCCCGCAGACUGCCCCCCGGACUGCGAGCCGCUGCCCUCCGACACACCCCUC